CAGAGAGCCCUGAGAGCCCCACCGCCGCUGCCGGCCUAGGCCUAGUCACCAUCACACCCCGGCAGGAGCCGCAGCCGUCGUCGCUGGCCCAAGUCACCACCACUGCAACCAUGAGCAGCGAGGCCCAAACCCAGCAGCCGCCCGCCACCCCCGCCGCCGCCCUCAGCGCCGUCGACACCAAGCCCGGCUCCACCGAAGGCACGGGGAGUGGCGGCCCGGGCGGCCUCACAUGCGCACCCGCCGGCGGGGACAAGAAGGUCAUCGCAAGGAACGGAUACGGUUUCAUCAACAGGAAUGACACCAAGGAAGACGUAUUUGUACACCAGACUGCCAUAAAGAAGAAUAACCCCAGGAAGUGCCUUCGCAGUGUAGGAGAUGGAGAGACUGUGGAGUUUGGAGUUGUUGAAGGAGAAAAGGGUGUGGAGGCAACCAAGGGUACAGGACCUGGUGGAGUUCCAGUUCAAGGCAGUAAAUUCGCAGCAGACCGUAACCAUUAUAGACGCUAUGCACGUUGUAGGGGUCCUCCACGCAAUUACCAGCAAAAUUACCAGAAUAGUGAGAGCAGGGAAAAGAACCAGGGGUCGAAAAGCGCUCCUGAACGCCAAGCCCAACAACGCCGGCCCUAUCGCAGGCGAAGGUUCCCACCUUACUAUUUGAGGAGACCCUAUGGGCGUCGACCACAGUAUUCCAACCCUCCUGUGCAAGGAGAAGUGAUGGAGGGUGCUGACAACCAGGGUGCAGGAGAGCAAGGUAGACCAGUGAGACAGAAUAUGUAUUGGGGUUACAGACCACGAUUCCGCAGGGGCCCUCCUCGCCAAAGACAGCCUAGAGAGGAUGGCAAUGAAGAGGACAAGGAAAAUCAAGGAGACGAGACCCAAGGUCAGCAGCCACCUCAACGUUGGUACCUCCGCAACUUCAAUUACCGACGCAGACGCCCAGAGAACCCUAAACCACAAGAUGGCAAAGAGACAAAAGCAGCCCAUCCUCCAGCUGAGAAUUCGUCCGCUCCCGAGGCUGAGCAGGGCGGGGCUGAGUAAAUGCCGGCUUACCAUCUCUACCAUCAUCCGGUUUGGUCAUCCAACAAGAAGAAAUGAUAUGAAAUUCCAGCAAUAAGAAAUGAACAAAGAUUGGAGCUGAAGACCUUAAGUGCUUGCUUUUUGCCCGUUGACCAGAUACACUAGAACUAUCUGCAUUAUCUAUGCAGCAUGGGUUUUUAUUAUUUUUACCUAAAGAUGUUUCUUUUUGGUAAUGACAAAUGUUUUUUUU